AUGUCAACAACUUUACAAACCACUAAUUUUUAUAGAGGGCCUCAUGCAAGUAUUUCAAAAAUACUUCUAAAUUCUUCAUCAUCUCUUUCAUUUAUUAAGGAUAUUUUAAAAGAUUUUAUUUCUUCUGAAAAUGAAAUUGAUAAAGAGUAUACUUUUAAUAAAGGAUUGGCAAUAUUUUAUAUGUUGCAGUACACAAGUAAUAAAAAACUUAAUGAUAAUCGACUUUGGAAAAGUGAUAAAGUUGAAUGGGUUAGAGCUUUACUGAGUGUAUUUGAAUAUGAAAAUAAUUUCUUAGGAUUUGUUGGUUUGGCUGGUUUCUUGAAUGGGUAUCAACUUUUGAAAUCAAAUAAAAAAAGAAAAAAAAUCGGUGAACUUAUCUCUGAAGUAGAAAAUGCUUUUCUGAAAAGUAUUGAUUCUAUAGUUGAUCAAGUCAAUGAAGAUGCAAAGAAAGAAACUAUAACAUAUAUAUGUGCACAAUGUAUUUCGUUCAUUUCGAUAGCACAAUUGCGAGAAUUAAAUUCAAAGACAAGAUUGAUGCAUUUGUUGAUGAGUGUUGUGUUGGAAAAUCCUCGAUUAUUUCAAGAUGGAAAAUUUCUUGAUGAAAUUGAACAAGAUAUAACUAAAAAUCAGAGUUGGAAUGCUAAGUCGUUUAAAGUUCUUGAAGAAAAAGUUAACGACAUAUUUUUCAAGGAGCUAUCAAAAAUUUCAUUGGCAAUAUCAAAAUUAACUCAAAUUGUCAACAAUAAUGAUAUUUCUUCUUUACUUUUAAGGAUUAAUAAAUUUUCCAUUAAUCUAUAUAAAACAUGGGAUGAGUCUCCUACGCUUAGUUUAACAAAAGAAGAUUCCUUAGAACCUGAAAAUAAAGAAAAUAUGAAACUCCUUUGGCAAGUUUUUAAGUUUAUUUUAUUUACAAUUACAAUGAUAUUUAAGUCCAUUGCUGAUAGAUCAUUAUUUGAGCCACAUAUUUUUGAAAAUCAAGAAAGAAUGAUGAUUUUAUUGGCAUACUCUUACCUAUAUUUUAUAACAUCAAAAUUUUCAUUAUAUGGAUUUUCAGUAUAUAAAAAAGUAUUUUUUAAUAUAUUAAAUCAAAUAAUUGUAAAUAAUAAUUCAGGAGAAAUGAUUGAUAUUAUAAAAAAUAUUGAAUUAGAUAUGAAUGUUUAUAAACCUCAUGAAAAAUGUAGAGUCGUUUAUUAUUUACUUGUUAUUGAACAAGUUAUUAAAGUAUUAGAUGAUAAUUAUUUGGAAAAUCAUAUAUUACCAGCAUUUGACAAAAUUUUGUUGAACAAUGAUGAUGAUAAUAUAUUUGAAUCAGCAAAUGCUGUUAUAUUAUCAAUAUUUUAUAAUCAGAAAAGAGUUAUUAAAGAAUUAAGUUUAUAUUAUUGUAAUUAUAUAUUAUCAAUGUAUCCAUCAAAAAUCGAUAUUAGACAACUUAGAAUUGCUUAUACAGCUGUUUUAAAAUCAUUAUCAGAUAUUGAUGAUACUUUAGUUUGGUUAUGUCUAGAUAUACUUAUAAAAAAAAUUGAAAGCAUUAGUAAUCCUAAUACUGGUUCAAUUUCACAAAAUACAACAAAUAAAGAUUUAGAACAACAAUUAAUAAAUCAACAAGAACAAAUAAAUCAAAAAUUAAAAGUAUUUGAACAAAAAAAACAAGAUGAACAAGAAAAUUUAGUUAAAGCAAUAUUAUAUUUAAAAAAAGGUCAUUUACUUUUAACUUUAAUAGAUCAAAUUAAAUCUAUUAAUUUAAUAUUUAUGGAAAAUUUACUAACAAAAAUUAAAGAGUUUUUUAAACAAGAAAAAGAAAAUGAAAUUAAAAGUAAUAGCAAUAUUGGAUUAUUUGCUUUACAAAAAGUUUUAUUUGAUGUACUUAGUAAUGAAAUUGAUUAUACUAAAAAAAAUGUUGGUGUUAAUUGGUGGUUAAAUGAAGGUAGUAAAUUAUUGGAUUAA